CUGUUGCAGUGUACAAAGUUAACGCGUAUGAACUUUUAAACGAAACAGAUUAACUGAUUGCUCAAAUAUAAGUAUAACUUGUGAAGCGGCAAAAUGUUGAUCCGCUGGAAGAGUAAAGAUAAAAGUGCAUCAACUAAUCAGAGCGGCAAUGCGAGCAGCAGCUCAUCAUCGAAGAAGAAGCGCAAGGGACGAGAAGGAGAAGAAGACUGGCAAAAUGAAAAUAAGCCGUCUCGCCUGCAAAGUAAUGAGCAAGGUGGCGACGAGCGUAGACGCGCAAUGCGACGCGAUGAUCCGCGAAGACACACACUCGGCGGAGAUAUUCUGGUCUACGGCAGCUCCCAGCAUCCGCAUCCGCAUCAAAUGGCGCAGCAACAGCAGCGAGCCAUGGAUCUGGAAAUGAGCACACGAGCGCAGAAGAACAAGAAAAAUCAACCGAUGCGCGGCUAUGCACCUGUUAAUCAAGGCCCCUUGUUCGAUGACGAUCCUGGCAUUAUGUCCGAGGUGGAAACAGCUAGCACUGGGUUUCGUAGAGGCGGCAAACAGCGCUCCUCGUUGCCAGUGGUGCGUACGCCCUCAAAGACGCUCGAGCGACCGCUUGGACUCGUCUUCCUGCAAUAUCGCUCAGAGACCAAGCGGGCAUUGCUUCCAAAUGAGAUCACUUCGAUAGAUACGGUGCGUGCGUUGUUCGUGCGUUCGUUUCCUCGUCAGCUUACAAUGUCAUACUUGGAGGGACCCAACGUCAAGAUCUACAUACACGAUGCCAGCAAGGACAUGUUCUAUGAGCUGGAAGAUGUGCGCUCCCAUCUGCGUGAGAUACGCGAUCGCUCCGUCUUACGUCUGUUUGAAUCAACAGAGGUAGCCGCACCUCCACAGAUUCUCCCUGGUGGUCCGGGCAUACCACAGCCCUUGCCACAAGCACCUUCUAGCUGGGAUCAGGAUCAGAGCUAUUUCAGCGAGCCCGAGUUCGAUUCGGAUUUCAAGCAUCAGCACAUCCACAAAUCGAAGAUUGGCAAACAGCCGGCUCCGUAUUAUGUGGGCUCGUCGCAGACCUUGCCACGUGGGAUGUACGGAUCAGAUCGUAACAAAAUCUCAAUGGAUGGAUAUACCAGCUCUCCAGAGCGGAGUACACGGAGCAACUAUGAGGAGCCAUACUAUAGCCAAUAUGGUACGCGCGGACCUGUCGUCGCGCCUAUCAUAGACGAGGAGCAAAGCGAUGUCGCCCUCGUCGAAGAUCAAUAUUCGUUAUAUGGGAUAAAAGUUGGCCCAAAUCGUCUGCCACACCGUGGCAAUCAGAUCUAUGAUCCGACCAGGCCAGAAGAUUUGCAUCGCAUACGUGUUGAGCACAUGGAGCGUCAAUUGGCCAACCUGACUGGAUUGGUCCAAAAGGCAUUAGUUAACCAAAAUCCCCAAAUUGCGCCGAUACCGGUACCGACACUGGACUCCAACUAUCUCGUCGUUCCAACCCAAAUGCAAGCCAAUGGUUCUGCCGAUGAGCUAUACAUUAGAGAAAAGGCACCUAAGCUGGGCAAGAAUUCAUGUCAAAAAUCCGUGUCCUUUGAGAAAUCGGUUUCUUUUAGUGACGAUAUACAGGGAAUACCCAAGUCACAUAGCCCCCUACAUGCCGCUGAUACGAAACCAACCAAGCCGGCAAUCAAGUCGUCUACCUUGCCACGUACAUCCUCCCAAGAGCGCGACCGCUUAAAGCCUCCGCCACCGCCAAAGCCGAUUGUGCUGGCUCAGACUGCGCAUCCCAGCUACAGAGCAGACAUCGCACUCGCCCCCGAGGUCUACAAUCAUUUGCGUGGUCUGCAGAAGAAGGCGAAGGACUUGCGCAUGGAAGUGCGCACUCUAAGAAGGCUAUCGCAGGCUCAGUCCGUUGCCGUACGGGAGGACAUCAAAAGUACCUUCAUGCGUAUACGUGCCACAUUGUUGGCAAGCAGCGGUGGCAGCUUUUGGGGCCAGGGCGAUCAGGACACUACGCGUAUAUCGCGAGAAGAAGAACUGUACAAGCAGGAGGUCAUACGGCUGGAAAAGGAUCUCAGUGACUUGGAAGCUUCGGUUGAAAAUCUUCGCGGCGAGGUAAUCAAUCGACGUACGCGCGUCAAUAUGACUGCCGUCGAGGACAUGGCCCUGGUUUUAAGCCGCGCAAGCAAAACUGUCGCUGAGCUGAAGCUCAAGUUUCCGACUUUGUCAAAUGGUUUGCGCUGCAUACUGUCCAACGAGAUGGAAAAAGUAGUACGAGAAGAAAAGUUCCUAAAAGAAGAGCCCGAUCGGUUGGAAUCGGCUUUGCGUCGCUGCAAAAAGUUAACGGGCACAUUAGUGACACUUAAACGUUUGGCGAGCGUACAGGAACAACGUUUGCCCCCUAAUGAGCCGUCAGUCAAUGAGGAGUCUUUACGUUCCGCAGAUAUUUCGGUCCCCGACAAGCCAAUCCCAACACCCAGGAUGGGGUCGUUCCCUGUCGGCGGGGGACUCGCACCCGAAAACGCGCUCGAUGCUCUGCUAGACGAGUUAAAGACAUUCUCAAAGCCAAUUGCCCAACAACAACAGCAGCAGCAGCAGUUGCAGCAACAACAACAACAACAAAUGCAACAACAGCAGCAACAACAACAAAAACCACCAUUUGAGGUACGCCCUGAAGAUUCGACAUCUGAUGAAAGUGCUCAAGCAGCGAUACAGAGCACCGUCACCACGCAAAUAUCUCAGGCACGCCUGCUCACAGAGGCGAACGUCGUCAAUAUGCAACAGGCGACCACCAACAACAUGGUCAUGGCCGUUUCUAGUGCUAGUGGGGCAACAACGCAUUUGUCGCGUGGUGCAUUGACCCAUCAGCAGUCGCAACAGCAGCUGAUGGUGCAUACCAAUAUAGGAAGCUUGCGUCGCCUGCAUUCAUUUCCCAGCGAAUCUGACAACGAGCUUCCACCCCCACUCGCUAAUGGUGGUGGCGGUGGUGGCGGUGGUGGUGGUGUUGGUGGUGUCAGCGUCAGCAGCAACAACAAUAAACCACCAGUGCCCGAGCGCAAUGCCGAUUUGAUAACAAGAGUGGGCCACAAGCGCAUACCGCCACCACCGCCGCCGCGUACCAGCUCACGUAGUCCACUGGCCAGUCCGACAAGCCCAAAUAUGCCACAGAACAUAGCCGCUGCCACAGCCGGUGCUGCUACCGCCGCCGCUGCCAACAUAGUUGACAAUAAUAUGAUGAGCAUCGAGACUAUCGUAAUCGGGAGUGGUGACACUUCAAGCGGCGACAACUCCAGUGGCAAUGAGUCUGGCAACGAUCAYGCACAGCGGCAGGUGGCACUUGAGAUGCGCCACCAGGAGUUAUUGAAGAAGCAAAAGCUAUUGCAGGAGCAGUACCAACGCUUACAGCAAAUGAGCAAGAUACCAUCGGUUGACAUAUCCGGGCCCCCACAUCCCGGCAGCGAAUCGAAUAUACAGCAGAAAAUAGCCGCAAUCAAUUUGUUGGCCUGUGAAUCCAUGGGCAGUGAUCCGGCUGCAGCAGCGGCGGCGGCAGGAGCUGCUGAGAAUGCAGCGGGUACAAAUGGUGUAUUGAACAGUGAUGCUACGGGUGGUGUGGUUGGCGGCGUUGUUGGUGGUGGUACAAGUGCAGGAGCUACUGCUUCUGCUGCUGUUGCUGCUGCUGCAAACACCACAAUGACCACCAAACAGGUGUACGAGACGGAGAUACUCUAACACAAUUGGAAAUUGGCGUGGAGCGAAACGAAAAUUGAUAUUUAACUGUAGCAUCUUCUCUGUCAUAUGCAUGAAUUUCUGCUCUGAUCUGUAUUACACUCUUACACUCUUCCUUCCCCUCUCUCUCUCUUUCUCUCUCUCUC